GAAAAACACGGUCAAUAAAACUGCAUCGUUGAAAAAGGCAAAGGAGUUGUUUCGAAAGAUGGGUUUUAAAGAUGCAAUAGUAAAAUUACGUGAACCCGCCCCGCAAUAUGUACUGGGAUGUCUUCCAGCAAUCGCAACUGUGGGGACGACCCCCUACGAAGGCCACGAUCAAAUUGCCAUGUGUGUCUACUGGCUGCCCCAUACAAGCUUUAAGAUGAUUAGAGAUAAUAAUAAAGGUAGAUUUGCGUUUAACGAAGAAGGAGAUGAAGAUGACUAUGAACCUAUACCAUAUAGAGUUUUCGGAUACCAUGCCCGAGAGUUGGUCCUUUCUGACGAACAGAAGGAGCUGUUGAAGGGUUGUAUCGCCGAGGCAUCAGCGCUUGAUAGGCUGGCGUCCAUCGCAUCUGCGUACCACAUUAUGGUUGGCGUAUUUUCCGGGAUUUCUCGAAUUGUCGGUCAAUGCAUAGAGCAAGAUUGGCCCCACAUUCCCAUGUCUCUGGCAUGGAUGCUACCCGCAAUUUACGUACGAGUAAUAUAUGGGAAAGUAGUCUUCAUUGAUCCCCGUAAGAGAAUUAAAGAUAGGAUAAUAGUAAAACGACUUAACCCACGUAAAAAAAAAAUUAUAUCUUUUUCCGUUACACUUAUUGCUCUGUUGACUAUAAUAUUUCCAUGGACUGCGGUAAUCUUGGCGUACUUUACUCCGCCAGUGGGAUACCACUGUCGGAGGAGAAAAGACAGCGGAAUGUGGUAA